AUGUUGACUCCUAAGCAGCGUAUCAUUGCGGUCGUGCUCUGCACUUUCCUGGGCUUUGCGCAAGCGAAAAUUUACUGUGAGUGCCGGGGAUCGCUGCAAGAGACGGCACAUCUGACAUGCUACAUCUACCGUAGCUUUAAAAACCUCGGUUUCCAAUCCCGAAGAUGCUUGGUACCGAUCUUGCAGUGCCGUCGGAGGUUUCGGCACGCUCAGCCCGACGGCCAUCGGCUACACCGGCUAUUGUCUGGGACUGUAAGUGCAGAGGGUAUUGCUUCGCGGGGGUUUUGUUGGGCAAGCGGUGAACGCUGCGCUGUGCUGACUGCCUGUACCCACAUAUUUGGACGUUUUGCCCAGGAAUGGCCAGGAUCUCGGCCAGGCCACCGUCGAUAAUUUGAAUGCGCAGGCUACCAACUCCUGGAUCGUCUUCGGCACGGGCCCGGCAUGA